AAGAAAAUGCUGGGAUCAGAACGAGGUGUUGUGGAAGAAUGGCUGUCAGAAUUCAAGGCAUUACCUGAAACACAAAUUUCCAGCUAUGCAGCUACAUUGCACCGAAAAAAACCACUGGUACCAGCUCUUUAUAAGGUCAUUCAAGACCCAAAUAAUGAGCUCCUGGAGCCUGUUUGCCACCAGCUCUUUGAACUUUAUCGUAGUUCUGAAGUUCGGCUCAAGAGAUUCACACUGCAAUUUUUGCCAGAGUUGAUCUGGGUGUAUCUGCGUCUUACUGCCAGCAGGGAUAGGCAGAGUAAUGGUUGCAUUGAAGCAUUACUACUUGGCAUUUACAACUUGGAAAUUGCUGACAAAGAUGGAAACAACAAAGUUUUAUCUUUCACCAUUCCUUCAUUAUCUAAACCCUCAAUAUAUCAUGAGCCUUCUACUAUUGGAUCCAUGGCUUUAACUGAAGGAGCCCUGUGUCAGCAUGAUCUCAUCAGGGUAGUUUACAGUGAUCUUCAUCCUCAAAGAGAAACCUUUACAGCACAGAAUCGGUUUGAGGUGCUGAGCUUUCUUAUGCUGUGCUACAAUUCUGCUAUUGUCUAUAUGCCUGCCUCUUCUUACCAGUCACUUUGUAGGAUGGGUUCCAGGCUGUGUGUGAGUGGAUUUCCACGGCAGCAUGAGAAACGCUGGAAAGAACACUGUAGUAGAGUGGUGUUGGACCCUGACUUCAUGGUGCAGCUGCUCACAGGUGUCUAUUAUGCCAUAUACAAUGGUCAGUGGGAUCUUGGCCAGGAGGUAUUGGAGGACAUAAUUUACAGAGCACAGCUUGAACUCUACUCACAGCCUCUGCUGGUUGCAAAUGCCAUGAAGAACUCGCUGCCCUUUGAUGCUCCUGAUGCAUCGCAAGAAGGCCAGAAGGUACUGAAAGUAGAAGUUACUCCAACAGUGCCGAGGAUUUCUCGGACUGCUAUUACAACAGCUUCUAUCCGUCGUCAUCGCUGGAGGAGAGAAGAUGGCUUUGACUUCUCAAACGAGGCUGACUCAAGCAUACCUGGCUCACCGAUCCAACACGGCUCCACAGACCUAGGGAUCAAACGUGAGCAAGAGGGGGAGGUGCUGAUGCGCAGGACCCCUGAGCAUGUCUUCCCGGAGCCCACCUUGGCAGCAGCCACAACAGAGGAUGCUGAAGGUGUAAAUGGAAGAGAGGAAUCUGUGAACCUUAAUGAUGCUGAUGAAGGAUUUUCAUCAGGAGCUUCCCUCAGCAGCCAGCCAGUUGGGACCAAACCUCUAUCAUCUGUAUCCCAGAAGGGCAGCUUAAGGAAAACAGCAAGUGGGCGUUCUGCUAAGGAUAAAGAAACAUCUUCUGCAGCAAAAUCCAAUGAGAGCCCUCGAGAUUCAGUAGCUUGGAAGCAGUAUAUACACCAAUCCAGUGACCUUGGUGCAGAUAUAAUUGAGAUGACACCUACUAAGAAACACCUUAGCCUGCCUGCUGCGCAGGCGGUGCCAAAAGCUAACAGUUUGAGCCUGAUCAGGACCGCCAGUGCUUCCUCCAGUAAAUCAUUUGACUAUGUGAAUGGCAGUCAAGCAGGCUCCAGUGUUGGAGCUGGUACAGAGGGUGUUACUAACCUUGCAGCUGGCAACACCAAUCGAUUUUCAACUAUCAGCCUACAAGAGGACCGACUAGGCCAAGCUGGGGAAGGUAAAGAUCUCCUUCCCCCGGGAGCUCCCCUAACCAAGCAGUCUCGGUCUCCAAGUUUCAAUAUGCAGCUGAUAUCCCAGGUGUAACUUUUACUCCCUUCCUUAGGACUCCUCCCCUCCCUCUUUCCCCUUAGUCCCCAGGCAAGUUUAUCCUUAGGCAAAAUAUGAACCAUUAUCCCGCAGUGUGAAAAUACUGACUGUUGUGGUCUUGUUUGAUUUGGUUUAGCUAUCAUACUGUAUUACUGAAACAGCAAUAAUUCCUCCCUUACCUUCAUCCUCCCCUCACCUUGUAAACAUGGUUGUGAAGCAGUAUAUAAUGUACUGUAUGCCUUUUUCCAUGCCUUCCUUUCUUCUUGGGUGAUGUGCAAUCCAUCGUAGGCUGAUCAGUCCCAUUUCAACACUGUGAGACUGGAGACCCCGGCGGAAAUGGUGAAUGUGAUCCCUAUGACAUGAUGCUUUGGCUUUGUUAAGAAAUAGAAACGGGUUUGUUUUCUUGGUCGACAGUACUGCAGACUACUGGAUCAUGACUUUUCUUUCUCAGAACCAGGAGUGCCUCAGAGAUUCUAAUGUGACUUUGGACCUCUCUGAGUCUGUGCAAUCAAUUCUGGGGAGGGGAUUGUCAUUGCUGCUCCUGGCUGCCUACAGCACUUUUUUCAUUAAAAUGAGGGUAGUUUUUUCUUGCC